AUGCAGCCUCAGCAGCAGCAACAUCAGCACAGGUCGGCCAUGAGGAGGGAGGAUCGGAGAGCGGGCGAGAUGCCUGCCCAUCGGACGGAAAGGGCAGGCGAGGCGGAUACCCGGAGAGCGGCUGAGCUGCCACCCCGCCGGACGGAGAGAGCGGGUGAGGCAGAUAUCCGGAGAGCAGCAGAGUUACCACCACGCCCGAUAGAAGCCGCUCGGCGAGCGGCUGAGAAGCCUGCCCAUCGGACCGAGAGGGCGGGUGAGGCGGACACCCGGAGAGCGGCAGAGUUGCCACCCCGCCGGACAGAGAGGAAGAAGAGCUUGGAGAGCCUCCUCGACGCCCCGGAAGUGCGGGGGAAGCGCAGCGGCCCUGUGCCGGCCAGCGAGAAGGUGACCAACUUCCCCGGCCAAGGCCUCGAGUUCAAGAACCUGUCCUACAGCGUCAUAAAGAAGCAGAAGAAAGAUGGGGUCAAGAUCAAGAAGGAGGUGUACCUGCUCAAUGACAUAUCCGGGCAGGCUCUCCGAGGUCAGGUCACCGCCAUCCUCGGACCCAGCGGUGCUGGCAAGUCCACUUUCCUCGACGCCAUUGCUGGAAGGAUCGCCAAGGGGAGUCUCGAGGGAUCCGUCAGCAUCGACGGACGACCUGUCACCACCAGCUACAUGAAGCAGAUUUCCUCUUACGUCAUGCAAGAUGAUCAGCUGUUUCCCAUGCUUACGGUGCUGGAGACACUUACAUUUGCAGCUGAAGUCAGGCUCCCACCAUCCCUAUCCAGGGCUGAGAAGCUGCAGAGGGUAUGGGAACUCAUUGAGCAGCUCGGUUUGCAGACAACAGCUCACACAUACAUUGGGGAUGAAGGCGUAAGAGGGGUCUCUGGCGGGGAACGCCGCAGAGUGUCAAUUGGUACAGACAUCAUCCAUAAACCAUCCCUGCUAUUUCUCGACGAACCAACCUCUGGCCUCGACUCCACUAGUGCAUACAGUGUGGUGGAGAAGGUGAAGGAUAUUGCAAAAGGAGGAAGCAUUGUGCUCAUGACAAUUCAUCAACCGUCUUUCAGGAUACAGAUGCUUCUUGACAGAAUUGUCAUCCUUGCAAGGGGAAGAUUGAUCUAUCUAGGCAACCCAGUCACACUUCCCACAUACCUUGCUGGAUUUGGUCGACCAGUACCUGAUGGUGAGAACAGCAUGGAAUACCUACUGGAUGUCAUCAAGGAGUAUGAUGAAUCAACACUUGGACUUGAGCCUUUGGUUGCUUACCAGAGGGAUGGCAGCAAACCCAAUGAAGCUGCAAAGACUCCGGUACCAAGAACACCAAGAACACCAUAUCAGAAGUCAGUGCAGUUCCGACAAAUCCAGCUCAAAAGCAACAACCACUUUUCACUUGCAAGCGCAACACCUCAUGCUAACCCCUUCUCGAACUUUGAGUCGUACAAUAUUGAUGAUGAGGAGGGUGAUUUUGACAAUUCUCUUGAAAGAAAAACACGAACACCGCUGCAUAAUAUAACCUCAGGCUACCAUCCAAGAUUAGCUUCAGACUUCUACAAGGAUUUCUCCGUCUGGGUUUACAAUGGGGUCGCGGGGACACCACAACGGAGGCCUACUUGGACUCCAGCUCGAACGCCAUCAAGGACCCCAGUUCCAAGCUACCCACCAAGCCGUGUGACUACGCCACACAGGUCAAUUCCCCCAUCUCCCCAAGAACCAGUGUUCAAGAUAGAAGAGCCAACCUAUCAGGAGUACGAGAUCGCUAUUGAGCCACUAGAUGCACCGGAGGACGGGCCCAAGUUCGCAAAUCCUUGGCUCAGGGAAGUCAUCGUACUAUCUUGGCGUACCGCACUAAAUGUUGUGCGCACACCAGAGCUGUUCCUCUCACGUGAGAUCGUUCUCACAGUCAUGGCACUCAUCCUUUCAACACUGUUCCAUCGCCUCAGUGCUUCUGAUUUCCUAACAAUCAACCGCAUCCUGAACUUCUACAUCUUUGCAGUUUGCCUUGUCUUCUUCUCCUCAAAUGAUGCAGUUCCAACAUUCAUCCAGGAGCGCUUCAUCUUCAUCCGUGAGAGGUCCCACAAUGCAUACCGUGCUUCAUCAUAUGUGAUCUCCUCCCUUAUUGUCUAUCUCCCGUUCUUCGCCAUUCAGGGCUUCACCUUUGCAGUGAUCACAAAGUUCAUGCUCCAUCUGAAUAGCAGUUUGCUUUACUUCUGGAUCAUCCUCUUUGCAUCGCUCAUAACCACAAAUGCGUAUGUCAUGCUGGUGAGUGCACUUGUUCCGAGCUACAUCACUGGCUAUGCCGUCGUGAUUGCGACAACAGCCCUCUUCUUCCUCACUUGUGGGUUCUUCUUGAAACGAUCAAAGAUCCCUAUUGUCUGGCGUUGGCUUCACUACAUCUCUGCAAUCAAGUAUCCAUUUGAGGCAUUGCUUGUGAACGAGUUCAAAGGAGGCCACUGCUAUUUUGGCCAAGCUAAUGAGCUGUCACCGGGACCUCUGGGACAAAUCAAGGACAGUGACCUUUUCACAGAACUGCACUUAAACAGAACAAUAUGCCCCCUGAUAGGCCAGGAUGUGCUCACAACCAUGGAUAUCACAAUGGACAGCAUCUGGGUAGAUGUUGCAAUCCUCCUUGCCUGGGGUGUGCUCUAUCGACUCUUCUUCUACGUGGUCCUGAGAUUCUACUCCAAGAACGAGAGGAAAUAA